UGCACAGAUUCCUUCUUUGGAACAAGCUACAUCAAGCUCCCUCUAGAAGAAAACACUGCAGUGACUGAGGUCAGCAUACGGUUCCGAACAAGCCGCACCAGGGGACUUCUCCUGUAUGCCUCCCAUCCAAACAGUGCCCUCUUGGUGCGCCUCAGGGAUUCUAAGGUUGAGGCUGUUCUUGUCUUUGGGGAUGUUGAAGUUACCUUGCAAUCCAGGAGGAGGCCAAAACUGAACAACCUAAGAUGGCAUCAAGUUCAAGUGACACUGUCCAAUCAGCAAGGCAUCCUGUAUAUAGAUGGAGACCAAAAAGACUUGAAGAGCAUACCCAGAGACUCCAUAUAUGCAGAAAAUGUAUACGUUGGUGGUGCAAAUGACCUGAAGAGUCCCCACCUCUCAGGGGUGGACAAAUACUUUAGAGGAUGCCUGGAGGAUGUCACAGUGGGCAAUAUCAAUGUCAUAGCAGCAUCGGUAAGCUCUCCUGGAGGAAUCUAUCACGAUAUCACCCAGGAAUGCAGCGUAGAGUUUGAGGCAGGCAUGGAUGAUCCCAUCAGCUUUGUCAAGGAAACCGCCUUUGUGUCAUUUCCAAAAUGGCACAUACGGGAGGAAGGGUCAUUUGCCUGUUGGAUCCGCACCUCUGCUCCCUUAGGCCUUUUGAUGUUUAGUUACCAAGAGAACAGUUUUAUAGCUGCAGAGAUUGACGACGGUCACAUACGGGUCCUUGUCCAAAAAGAAGGAUCAAGUACUGACUCUGUUGCAAUUGUGUCUCAAAAAAGUGUAAAUGACAUGAUCUGGCACUUUGUAAUAAUAGAAGUUGCCCAGAAUUCUAUAAGAAUAAGUGUUGACUAUGAUGAUGAGCAAUUUGCACUGUCAAGCCCUUUUGAGGAGCCUGUUGAUUUUUUAGGAUCAUUAUAUGUAGGUGGGGUCAUCCAUAGGGCCAGGUCUCUGGCCUUCAGCUCGGAUCUAUCAUCAAUCACCCAUGCCAGUACAGGAGGCUCGCUUAGGGGCUGUCUCAGAGACGUCGAGCUAAAUGGAGUCCAGUUUGCCCUAGGGGACUCGCAUGCAACACAUGGAAUUCUAGUUGGAUGUCUGUAUGAGUUUCCUUGUUCUCUGGAUCCAUGCGGAGAAGAUACCAGAUGCAUGGAGACUGGUCUUUCUGACUAUAACUGCGAGUGCCUGGGAGAUGGAUGUUCUACCACUUCUAUGAUAACGUCUACUUCUAUGAUAACACCUACUUCAGAAGGAAUUGAUACAACAACUGCUGCGCCAUCUACUACAACUAGAACCAUCGCUACCCCAGAACCAACCACUCCCCCUUUCACAAUUUUUACACUGGAUUCACUAUCUGUGAUGGAAGGUGGAGGUGCACUCAUAACAUCAGUUAACAUCCGUUUGAAUGUUAAUCUCAGGGAAUAUAAUCUUCGACAAUCACAGGUGUUAUUCAAGAUGGCCCAGCCCCCAGAAUUUGGAGUUAUUGAGAAAGAUGUUCUUAGGAAAGGAGAUUCCCGGGUGCAGUUUACUUUUCUGGAUUUACAAACGGGCAAAAUCAGCUAUGUCCAUGAUGGCUCUGAAAACUUUGAAGAUCAGGUAAUAUUUGAUGUCGUCUUUAGUGGAAAACAAGACCCAGUGCCUGGUAUUACCGAAGACUUCAAUUUCACACUUCCCAUCAGUAUUACACCAGUCAAUGAUCCUCCUGAGAUUGUUGUUGCAGGUGACAAUACUUUCAGGAUGAUCAGAGACACAAGAAGAGUAUUGCUGUCGGAUUUUCUCCAUGUCUUCGAUCCAGAUAACCCUUCAUCAGACCUGACCUUCACCAUAGUGAGUCAACAAGGCAAUGUAGGUUUCUUUGAUCAUACAGAACAUCGUGGUGAAAGCAUCACAGAAUUCACCCAAGAGGACAUCGAUGAGGGCAAUAUAGCAUAUGUGCACACCGGUCCUUUGCUGAAAUCCAGGAUUGUGCUGAGAGCAGGGGAUGGUGAGGAAAAGAGUGGACUGGCAUCCUUUAGAAUUGAAACUGCCGAGCUUGCUCUGGAAGUUGCCAACCUUACAGCAGUCAGAACUAACCCUUCUGCUUCACAGGUCAUUGAUCUUUCUAACCUGAGAGUGACCACCAACGACCCAGAGGAUAUGUUUGAAGUGACAUACCUGGUUACAACUCCACCUAGGCUAGGUGACCUACAGAAGCUUGACCAAACAGGAGAAUGGAUGGAUACAAGUGAAUUCAGCCAUACAGAUAUUCUAAUGAACCAGGUCCGAUAUUUUGCAUCACGGGCUACUGGAGAAGCGGAAGUGUCUUAUGAUCAGAUAGGACUUACUGCUAGGAGUAGAACUGUCACCAAGCCAGGUAUAUUUCUUCCUAUUCAGAUUUUAGUGACUUCCAUUGAAGUGACUUUUAACACUGGUCUGGUGAUGGAUGUCAUCAACGAGGGGUUUAUCACAUCUCGGAACCUGUCAUCCGAAGCCACCCAUGUCUUGGAUGGCUCUCUAAUCUUAUACCAGGUGGUUCGCCCUCCAGUUAAAGGCGAUAUCAUGAAGCAUCUUGUUGGGAGAAUAGACGAAAAUCAGAGCUUUUCUCAAGAUGAUGUCGAUGCUGGUCUCAUCACCUACCGCCUCAAAGACAAGUUCUACAGUUCAUUCAAUGAUACUUUCAUUUUCCGUGCCACUGUAUCUAGUGCUCAAACAGAUGCCAAAGAAUUUAAGAUAACAUAUUUUGCAGACUCUCAGGAGGUUGGUGUGACUAAUAAUGGCUUUUCUGUUCAGGAAGGAGGUUCUUACAUUCUGACAGCAUCGGAUCUAUUUUUAGAAUCUGGAGCCACAUCAGAUUUUUCCUAUACAAUCACGUCGUUCCCGUUGUAUGGAAGAUUUCAGAUGAGAGAUCCAGCUUCAAGUAGCAUUGUCGUUCAGAACGUGACGUCUUUUCUGAAUUUAGAUAUAACAAGAGAGGCACUUCAAUAUGUUCAUGAUGAUUCUGAGACUACGUAUGACUAUCUUGAAGUGAACGCGACUGCCUCUUUCAAUGAUAGAUUAGGCCGUAGGAAACAAGCAAACUGGACGGGGAGAGUAAACAUUUCAGUCGAGCUACAGAAUGACAAUUCCCCUCAACGUGUCAUUGACAAGGUUUUUAAUGUCAUAAUGAAUGGAAGGACUGUCCUUACAGGAGAAGACAUCUUGUACACCGAUGCAGAUUCUGAUUUCGAUAAUGAUGAUCUGCUGUACACUCGACAGAAAAUCGAUGCAGGUGAUCUAGUCAAGACAAACAAUCCUACAGAAUCUAUUUUGAAAUUUUCACAGAGGGAUCUUCUUGCAGGAAAAGUUACAUUUAAACACCAAGGAGACACAAAGAACACGAGAAUGUUAUUCCUUGUCCUUGAUGAAAACAGGAAGCAUUAUGUCGCUGGUUUUCUGCGUAUCCUAGCUAUUGAGUCGUAUGUGCGUGUAGCAGUUGACACUGGUCUUCAGGUCGCCAAAGGCCAGGUUGAAAUAAUUACCAGUGCUAAUCUAACAGCAGAGACAAACUUCAAUGUCAAAGCUAGAAAUAUUGACUACCGGGUUACAUCAUUCCUUAUGCACGGUGUUUUAAAAGCAGAAGGAGUUGUCAUCCAGCAAUUCACCCAAGAAAGCCUUGAUAAUGGAGCAAUAUCUUACCAUCAUAACAAUGAGAGUAGUGAUCUAAUGGACUCAUUUAAUUUCACGGUUUCUACAAAAGGACUUGAAAGUCAAGGACAGUUUGUGAUAAGAAUUAUUGUGGCAAGCCAGGAGCAGCUGCCCACAGUGGAGAAAAUACAACCUGUAAUUAUGGAGGUAGGAAAGGAAGUAGUUUUGACCAAGUUAAACUUGAAAAUUUCUCAUCCCAAUCACCUUGCAACAGAGAUUGUGUAUAAGGUCGUCUCACCACCCAAGUACGGAGAGCUAAGACUGAGGAACGAAUAUGGCAUCAUCAUCAGCAGAUCGCCACCGCUUCCAGAGGACUCUGGACGAAGACGGAGGGAGACUGAGGAUUCUGACAUGACCUUCACCCAGCAGGAUGUGAGCCGAGAACAUGUUAGCUACAUCCAGACAGACUAUUCACAGCUCAUUGAUGAAUUUUCCUUUGAAGUCAGCAAUGGUUAUAAGACAUUGACAAACCUAACAAUGACCAUUGACAUUGCUCCGUCCAUCGUUCCUCUCGAUGUUCAUGAUUUCACGGUCCUAGAGGAGAGAUCCAAGACCAUCACAUCCGACAUCAUAGGAGUUGGACACCCACUGUAUGAACCGCUUCAGUUCACUGUCCACAUUCUGGAUAGUCCAAUGCAUGGCAUCAUCGAGAACACCCGGCAACCAGGUAUCAACCUGAAGACCUUUACCACCCAGGACAUGGUGAAUGAAUUCAUAUAUUAUGUCCAUGACGGGUCGGAGCAAGCUUCCGAUCGCUUCAGGAUCAUGCUCAAUAACACAGAGGGAAAACACAGCAGUGCUUACUUCCUGAACAUCACUGUCAUCCAGACAAAUGAUCAACCACCCACAGUUGAUGUCAAUGAGGGGCUUGCGGCAAUCAUGGGGGCACUCACUCCUGUGACGAAUGCAUCUUUGAGUGCCUCCGAUCCUGAUACACCAGAUACCAACUUGACCUACACCAUCACCAACCCAGGGAAUGGCAUGUUGGUGUACCGGAGCAGGAAGGAAGAACCCAUCUUGUCAUUUUCCCAAGCUGAUCUUUCUACUGGAUAUGUUCUCUUUGUUCAUCAAGGAUCCAGAACUGGUGGUUUUCGUUUCCAAGUUAGUGAUGGUGUUCAUACUACCCAGCAGCAGAUCUUCUCCAUCAGAGCAUCCCCUCUUCUCCUGACUCUUGCCAACCAUUCCCAACUCGCUGUAACACCAGGAAGGAUUCAACCAAUCGCAGCAGAGCACUUGCGUGUGGUAACCAAUGAAGAUCCCCCCACUGAACUUAGUCGUCCAAUAACGUUUGUUGUUACUGCUGAGCCUGUUAGUGGUGAGAUUGUAAAGAUUCUUUCAAAGGAUUCUGCUACAGACACCUUGAGCUAUUCGACAACAUCUGUUUUUACUCAGGAGGAUAUUGACAGUGGCCUGAUAGCCUUCAAACAUGACAAUUCAUCAACUCUUUCAGAAGACAGUUUUCAAUUUAAUGUCUUUCUCCCACUUUCACAAAACUUUUCAAAUAUAGUUUUUCAACUCCACAUUCCAAUUGAAGCUUCCCCCUCAACUCCUUUGCCCAUCCCCAGUACCACGUCUGUACCAGACGCGACAAUGACCACAGACGACGGUUCAGGAAUCAUCAACACAGGAGUUGAGGUAUCCGAGGGGGAAAGGGUGACGAUCACAGCAGAAAACCUUGAUGCAAGCAUCCUUUUGACAGGACUACCAGGGUAUGUACAAUACACAGUGACCAAGGCACCUCAACAUGGAUUUCUAAGCCUAUCUGGAAGAAACAUAACCACUGGAGGUUCCUUCAUCCAUACUGAACUGUCCACACAGGAGUUGGUGUAUGCCCAUGACCAUUCAGACACACUCAGGGAUUCCUUUAACUUCUCAGCAUCAAUCAAGUUAUUUGGAGCUGCAGCAGCUGCAGCAGAGGGUGCAGUAACACCAAGUGCAGAGGGCAUCUUCAAGAUUAAGGUCUUGCCUGUCAAUGAUCAGGCAUUCAUUGUUGUGACAACUUCCUUGAGAAUGGCUAUUGUGCAAGGCGAACAGGUUGUAUUCAAUGACCGAUUCCUCAACAUCACAGAUCCUGAUAAUCCUCCCUCAGAACUUGACUAUAAGAUCAUACAAGGGCCAACCAACGGGAGGAUCGUCGACAUUUUUGAUCCAAGCGUCAGUGUGAAGACCUUCACUCAAGCAGACAUCAAUGGAAACCUGCUGCAUUUCAUCCAUGAUGGAGGUUCAACCCUUGGAGCGUUUACAUUCAGAAUCAACGACGGUAAGCACUAUCAAAUCAAGCAAUUCUUCAUUGAUGUUGUGCCGCGUGUUCUAGCCUUGACUUCCGUCGCACCUGUUGUUCUUACUCAAGGGGACAGCAUGGCCAUCUUGACUGACGAACAUCUGAACAUAUCCAGUAAUGGCAAUUCAUCCAUUUCUUACUACAACGUCACAAGUCCAGCUAGCUUUGGUGAAAUCAGAGUAAACACCAUUCCUGCAAUGCAGUUUACUCAAAGCGAUAUUGAACUGGGAAUGGUAGAAUAUCACCAAACCGACCUAGCUUCUGAUCAAGAUCAUUUCCAGCUGACAUUGUUUGAUGACUACAAUGUUAUACCUGGUAUAAGCCUUUAUGUUACUGUUGAACCCUUGAUUGUUAUUACUAGCAUAGAAGCGUUAAGUGGAGGUGAUGUGCCUCUAAUGAAAUCCAAUUUAAAUGCAACAUUACUAGCUAUGAAGACUGGAGAGUCUCCUCGUUUUACAAUCAUUGAAGCCCCAGAAUUCGGAACGGUCGUUAAUUCAACCUCGGGCGAGGAACUUCUCCUGUUUUAUUUGCAUGAUCUUGACAUGGGUGAUGUUGUGUACAGGGCUGAACGUUUGGACAUAGCAGAAAAUGAUACUCUGAUUGAUAACAUUACCAUGGUGCUACAAGCAGAGGGGUCACAACCUGUGAGUAUAUCAAUUGGAGUUGUGAUUGGACCUGGGAUUAUAGAGAGCACCACACAGCUGCUGACAACAACAGAGGCAGUGAUUAGAAUAAAUACAUUCGACCAAGGGAAUUUGCCGGCAAGAGAUGAUCCCUUUGAUUUUGAUGGGUUAACAACAGCAUCAACAUCUCCAGAUGGUGGGGAUCCCAGCGCCAAGGCUGUCGACAACAAAGGCUCAUUAUCCAUCAUAUACAUUGCCCUCUCCAUCGCAAUCAUCUUCAUCGUCAUUAUCAUCAUAUUGGUAUUCAUUCUCUGGAAGAGGCGGCAUCGGAAAAAAGAGGAGCUGAAGCCAGCGCCGCUGCCGGAGGAGAACUUACCGGAGACAGUCACAUCGGCUCCUGCCAUAGCCCCUGAGCCAUCACUGCCAUCCCAGGCCACGCCCUCUGAGAAAUCAUACGACAGCAGUGCAGUGACCCAGCCGAUGAUCCGUAGACCAAUCCAGAGCCCCAUGGUCCCCCAGGUCAAAGUUACUCCCCUAGGAAGACCCCCAUCGCCCGUCAACUCUUAUGCAAGCCUAACGUCCCAUGGGACCUUUCAAUCGUCGUCCGCCUUCUCCAACUGGACAGGGUGUGACCCUGAUACGGCCGCUCGUCAUCCCACGGGAGCAAGAAGCCCUACUUUGAAGAAAAGUCAGUACUGGGUCUAGAUUCUAGAGGAGGAUCUUACCAAUAUGGAGCCAUCCUUUAUUUAUUUGUAAAUGUUGUACAAUGUAAAUUAAUUUAACAGUGCUUUUAAAGUGCUGAAUUAGAAUGGUGCUGCAGUUAGUAUUUAAUGUCCGUUAAGAAGCAGAAGGGCAUCAACUCUUUGCUUAAUAUGAGUUAAUGCCCUUCUGGCUCUCAGCAGACAAUAGGUGAGAUGUUUAUAUUUAUCAUGAUGUAACUUUGUGCUGAUUUUAAAUUCAACAUGGUGCCCCACAGCUCAUCAUCCAUAGAAGUACUAUCCAUUACUAUUGUAGAAAUUGUUAAUCUAUAUUUGUCAUUUUUGUAAUUCAUAUUUAUGCCUUUUAUAUAAAGUGAGUCAUUCAGUUAAGUUGAAGCUUUGAAAAGGAAUACAUUGUGGACAUGCUUCUGUUUUGUAGAAGCUUACAAGUUUUUGAUUUACUGAAACUAUCAAACUCCAUCAGGUUAUGUCAAGUGAAUAUUUUUUUCCUAAAAGUUCACUGCUAAUUUUCACCAACUUCAAGUACCAGAAAGGGCCAAAUUUAACUACAUUUUUUACAACUCUCUGUAAUGUGCAUAAGGUUUCUUAAAUUUAUUUUGUGAACCAGAAACUUUUGGAUGUACAAUGUAUGAAAUGUUCAUAUUUUUUUUCUAGUGGUUCAGAUUUGCAAAAGUUUCAUGUUGUGAAAUAAUGGAAGCACAACCAAGACAACUUGCAAUUACAGAUGUAAAACUGUCUCGCUGCAAAAAAAUGGCCAUUCUUAACAAAUUUCAGGAGAUUCAUGUCCCAAAAGGGCUGAAAAUUCAUGGUUUUGCAGUAUAUUCAUAAGUUAUAAUCGACCCCAUGUAUUUCAUCUAUCGAGCUUGAGAUUUUUUGGCUGAAACCAGUAAGGUACGUAACUCUUGGGCAGGGAACUGUAAAUGUGCAGAUCCCUGUCUUGGGGUACAAAAUAGUUGUGGAUGUAAUGUUGAAUGCUCUUCAGGAUUUACAUGUGGUGUAAGCUCUGUUUAAAAUGUUCAGUACUGCUGUAAAAAGACAAACACUAUUUUUGUAUUUUUAGCUCAAAAUCAUUUUGUAUUCAUAAACUGCUAUAUCAGAUAUGUAUGAACGUGUUUUUAAAUGCUUGUGAAGGACGCUCAGCGUUUUAUGAAAGUUGUUUAUGACUUUAUGUAAGUGUCUGUUUGAACCUUGAAUGUGGUCAAAAGAAAUGAUAGAGACGUCAGUUUUGCUCUUAGCUCUUCCCGUUUUGUUUUUAUAAUGCUCUUCUGAUGCAUGUUUGUUCAUGUGUAUCAUCAUAGACAACCUUGGUAUGUUUAUAUCAUAUUGAUAGGCACAUGUUUUCUCACAUUGAUUGAUACUUGAAACCUUGUAAGUUUUGUGAUGUUUAUAUGUAUUCUCCUAUUUAUUUGUUUGAAACUCCCUGUUUAUAAUGUUACUUUUGAUUUUAAUAAGCAACUCGGAUUCCUUUGAGGAUGUCACUCGAGGACAUUCUUGGUAGACAAACAGCAAAACAGACAGCUUAAGAGACCAACAGUGCCAGUCUCAUGAAUCCCUGUAAAAGUUGCCUUGAUGAAGGUGUCUCAGUGCGAUAUUUUGGUCUUGUAGGAUGCCAGUCGUAUGGGCUAUAAGUCUCUUGGGAUAUCGGUCUCAUGGCCUAUUGGUGUCAUGGGCCGUCGGUCUCAUUGGUUUGUCAGUCUCAUUGGCUGUCGUCGUUCUCUUGGGCUUGUCAAUCUCAUGGUCUAUUGGUUGCAUGGGCCGUCGGUCUAAUGGUUUGUCGGUCUCAUGGGCCGUCUGUAACUUGGGACAUUGGUCUUGUGUGGCCGUCAGUCUAAUGGUCUGUAACCUGUACAUUUUUGAUAAUUUUUUCUAAGUCUCCUGUUCAUAGUGCAGGAUGAUAACAUUACAGUUUGGGUUCAACCGUUUCUUUUGUGGAUACCUGUAUCUAAUUUCACCUAGGACCAUACAUGUAGACCCUUUCAGUGGGCUUUAUGUACAAUAUUCAAGAUUUAAGAUAAUUUAUUGUCAUGUAAAAAAUACAUAAAAUUUGUUUUCAGACUUUUGAAGGUGCAUAUACAUUUCUAUCUGAUGUAGUAAUAUCCUGUACUAUUAUGUAAUGCAAGUUCAUUUUCAUAAAUACACAUUACUGCCAAAUACAUUUGUGUGAUGUCAUUAGACUAUCACUAUUCAGUUCUGAAAUAAUUUGCUUGUGGGUGUAAGGUGUAUUCUCCCGUAUGGAUUGUAUCAUGCACGAUAUACUUUUUGUGCUUUCCUAGAUUUUAUAUUUUUAUUCAUGUAUGGUGCUUUACACAUGUAUAGGACUGUCCAAAUUUUCUGUCAAUCAGGCUGAGUAAAAUUCAUUAAAAUAUGACUUUCUUAAUCGCUGACAUAUCAUUUGGUCA